CCUUCGAGCAGGAUGGACGCGUCUGAAGAUCGGUUCUUCGGCAACCGAACGCCGGAGCGUUCCGAAUCGAACUCCCCACGAUCCCAAAUGAGUAGUCCCAACUCCACAUCGUCCAUUAAUGUUACAGAUCAGAACAUAUCAUUAACACAACACCAGCAAAAUUUAGAGACGUUAAAUCGCAUGGGAAUGUUUUUUCACGCUCAACAGAUGCAGUUAAAUCAGAGUUUUGACGCGGUUAAGUCUAGGUUAGGGUUUACGCAAGUGCCUAGUGUGAGCCAGGGGCCGCGGCAUACGAUUGACGCUAUUUUGGGACUAAAUGGGGGGAGGCAAAGAGUGCAGAGUGAGUUUGAGCAGAGGGAGAGGGAGUGCGAGGCUGUGCCCGUGUCGCCGGGGGCGGUGGAGAGUGCCGGCGAAGGUUCGUGUAACAGCAACGACGGUUACAGCCAGCGCACCCCCCCCGACAAGUCCCCCCCUGGUUCGGACGACGACACCCCCCGCCCCGGCUCCGCAGCCGACAACAAGAAGAAGCACAGACGAAACAGAACUACUUUCACAACAUAUCAGUUGCAUGAGCUGGAGAGAGCAUUUGAAAAAAGUCAUUAUCCCGAUGUGUAUUCGAGGGAAGAGUUAGCUAUGAAGGUCAAUUUGCCUGAAGUCAGGGUGCAGGUCUGGUUCCAAAACCGUAGAGCCAAAUGGCGGCGUCAAGAGAAGAUGGAAGCAGCCAGGCUGGGCCUCUCGGAGUAUGGCUGCGGGACUGGUGGAGGAAUUCCCAGGUUAAGUGGACUCGGCCUGCCCGUCGAUCCGUGGUUAGCACCCCCCCUGCUCACCGCUUUACCAGGUUUCCUCAGCCACCCGCCUUCAGGUUACCCGAGCUACUUAACCCCUCCGGCCCCCGCGCCCCCCGCCCCGCCGGCCCCUCCCGACCCCCGCUCCACCUCCAUAGCUGCUCUCAGGAUGAAGGCGAAGGAACACGUGGAAAGCCUGAGCAAAGGUCUACAGAUGGUGUAAAAGUUUAAACAAAAAAAGAUUUUAACUCAUUUGGAUAGAUUAGUAUGAUUUGGUGCACGCGUUUGAGAAGUUUCUGUCGUCGAAUUGUUUGCCAAACUUUUCGGAUUCGAUAUACAUUGGUGGUUUUUUAUUGCGCUAUACUACAAAGCACUCAUACUAACUACGCAGUGUUCACACAUUUGCGUAGGAAUGUAUUUGAGUUCGGCGUGUAAAUCAAUGUGUAUUGUCUACACACUAUCGUUGAACUCAGACGGAUGCCGCCGCCGCGAACACAUGAAAAUAUACUUGUGUUAUAAAAUAUAAUUACCUAAUCGUAUUUCUGCGUAGACAAAAUGUGGCUACUGAAGUGAAUAAUAAGGUAACAAAUUAUCAUUUUGAUAUGAUUUGUAAUUAUUAAAAAUAUAUGAAUCCCUACCGUCUAAAUUUCCAAGGCGUCGCCACGAUUUGUUUUUUCCUGAUUGAAUAAUAACAAUUGUGUCUAAGUAUUUUAAAAGAUGUAUAACAUAGAUUGAUAACAUUAUGUGGAACUAAUAGGUAAAUAGUUGAUUCCUAAAGCAAUAAUAUUGUAAAUAUAGAUGGUUUAUUCAACGUGGCUCUAUCACUUUACAUGAUAAGUUUUUGUGUGUAGGUAUUCAAUAGAUGAUAAUGUAAUUUUAUAAAACAUGAGUAAAUAUGCUUUAUAAGAAUAAGACCCCAUUGUAAAUUUAAACGCACUAAAUUAUUGUCUUUUUUUCAGUUUUGAUUGAUUAUGUACUUAAUGUAAUGCCAUACCUAUUAUAAAAUGUAGAAAUUGUAAAAAGCUAAUUGUGAUUAACUGAAAUUACUUAUAUAAAAAAACUGAGUUUUCUCAAUUAGAUAUGUUCAUUAUGUUUCUGUAAUUGUAUAAUUACUAGCAUUGUCCCGCAGCAAAAUGUAUCGUGUGUGUUUGUCAUACAAUCCUUUACCCCUCAUUUCUAGUAUUUGGUGGUAGAAAUUUAAGAAAAAAGUACCUACUCAAUGUUUGAACUCGAGUCUUACACUGUGUCUGUUCCAAAUUUUAUCAAAGUCGGUCCAGCAGGUUAGCCGUGAAUUACAGGCAGACUUUCGCAUUUAUAUUAUAACUAGCCGAAACCCGCGACUUCAUUCGUCUGGCCGAACAAUUUUUGAUAAGGAGUCAAAAUUAUUUAGAGACAUUGUACAGACAAAGCGUAACGAUUGCGAUCCGAUGGGUAUCUAUAUCCAUCAGACUGAAAAACUAUAUUUCUGGCACAAUAUAAAUAAAGAAAUCCAAUUCAUCCGAUCAUUUCAAAAUUACCGAAAAAUUAAGAAAAAUAUCUUAGUUUUUAUUCUGUCCAUAGAAGACAUAUUAAAAUAAAUAUAAUUACAUAUCAACAACUCGAUAUGGAACUCUAUGCUAUAUGGUUAUUACCAUGAAUUAAUUUGCAAUGACUUUUGGGUAGCUUUAUGUGCCGUUUACUGUACACAAUUACUAUAACUUUUGAUAACUUUUCUGUUUUUUUUUAAGGAACCAUAACUACAAACUAGUGUUCGAUGUAAAUAUUUUGAAGUAUUUAUUUGUAACAUGUAAAUAUGAGUGUACCUAUGUAUGUAGUUAUUAUAGCUAUAAAUUAUUAUAAUGUCUAUAUCUUGAGUUAGGAA